AUUCGUUCCCAGCAGUGCGGUGUGAUGUCGUGUAUCGUGUAAACAAGUGUAAUUAAGUCAAAAAUAGUCUAAAUAGUGACAAAAAAUAAAGUAAAAUAAACGUUUAAGUAAAUACAUGAAUAACAAAAUAAAAUUUCGCUUAAUAACACGCGAGUUUGCAAUUGUGAAAUAAACAAAGAAGCUUUUCGAACAGCUGGCAAGUGCUGUGCUUUUUUCCAUUGAAGUAUUGAUAUAUUGAAGACGCAGCAACCCAACUACAUACUACUAUUCCUUUUGGCCAUGGCCUGCAAAUUCUAUUAUUUUGGUUUCGGCAGCAACAUGCUGGCACGCCGCAUCCACAUACAGAAUCCCACUGCCAAGCGAAUCGGAGCUGGCAAACUAGAGAACUACCGCUUGGACUUUCACACAGGAUCCAAGAACUGGCUGGGCGCUCCUGCCACCAUUGUGCCCACAGCUGGAGCCCAUGUCUAUGGCGCCAUAUGGGAGAUUGACAUGUGCAAUCUGAAGGAUUUAGAUGACCAGGAAAGUGUGCCCGAUGGACUGUACAUUCCGAUCAGUGUGCCAGUUCUCUCACUGACCAGCAACACAGACAUCAUCUGCCGUGCCUAUCAUCUCACCAACCAGCCCCACAUGGAGGUACAUAGGCAGAGCGUCCCUCCACCGAGUAUUCCCCUAAAUCGACAGCCCUCGCAGACGUACCUCAAGGUGCUGGUCAAGGGUGCCCAGGAGACGGGCAUACCCGAGGACUACGUCAAGUGGCUGAAGAGUCUCAAGCACAAUGGCAAUCAGGUGGAGACGAUGGAGGAGAAGCUGGAACUGGACAAAGUGCAACUUUCUUGAUACCCCAGGCUAGAGAUGCAUUUACACAUAUUUUUGCAAGACUUUUCAAUAAAAGUAUU